AAUUAUGUUCACAUCUUAACAAUCCCAACGUCCGUUUGCCUUUGUGGCCGUCUCCUUAGGCUGCUAGAGAUGGGAUCAAAAGUUAGCGAUGAAGAGGUGGCCUUCCUCACCAGUGGAGAUCCUCAAAAUGAAGAUGUGGUUUUAUCUUUGUGGAGCAACAAUCUCAAGUUGCUUGUUGUCACGGAUGGAGAAAAGGGCUGUAGAUACUUCACUAAGAAUUUCAAAGGAAAGGUGGAGGGUUUCUCAGUGAAAACGGUUGAUACGACGGGUGCUGGUGAUGCAUUCGUGGGUGCAUUUUUGGUUGCAGUGGCCAAAGAUCUGAGUAUAUUCAAUGAUGAAGGGAAGCUGAAGGAAGCUCUGGUGUUUGCAAAUGCUUGUGGAGCAAUUUGUACCACUCAGAAAGGAGCAAUUCCGGCGCUCCCAACAAAUGCACAGGCCAUGGAACUAGUCAAGUCCAAGUCCAAAUAAAUCAUAUUUCCUCACUGCUUGGCUUCCUAAGAAUGAUCAUCUUUUUCAAUUUUAUAGUAUCUUGAAUUAAUGUUAUUUUUAGAUUUCAAGUUGUGAAUAAUAUCAAUAAACACUUAAAUUUUUC